AUUGGCGUCAGACUAGAUACUAUUUAGAUAUUGUGUCUGACGAUGACUGUCAAGGCUAGGGUAUGAUGUACGAAUCAAGACAUUGCACCAUAACUACUGAAAUUUCUCCCUAUUAUGAUAUUGCACCAUUUUCCGUAACAGGACAGAAUAAAAUGCGCCCGUAGCCCGUCUCCCAAGUCAGCUGUUCUCGCUGUAAACAAGAGGACGAACAUCACAGACAUACUUCCUCUUUUUCUACAUCAUUUGUCAACGUUGAGAGUUACAGCAACUCAAGAGUAUGUCUCUUGAUGGAGAAGAGCAAGAUGAUGAAUUGCUGGCCUUAGCAAGCAUAUAUGAGGACUCUUUUGUCUCAGCAUUGGAUCAUGAUGCAGAGGCAGACUUGGCUGUGAAAGAUGAGGUCUUAAAGGGAGGAGAACUUGCUAUACACUUAGAUUUACCUCCUGAGUUCACAGUACUUUCUAAAAGAGUGGGGGAUAAUGAUGAAGUGCUUGAACAGAGGCUUGUGGUGGAACAUUUGCCUCCACUCUACCUUCACUUCACAUAUCCCUCCACAUACCCCUCGGAGCAUCCACCAAAUUUCACACUCUCCUGCAAGUGGCUUAACCGUGCACAGUUAACUCAGCUCUGUACCCAGUUGGAUGCUCAAUGGGAAGAAAACAAAGGAAGUGUUAUCAUGUUCACCUGGGCUCAGUUCCUGAAAGACAGCAGUCUUGAAAGCCUUGGUUUUACAGAUGAAUUAGAUUUAGAUGUUAUUAAGCCUAUCCAAGGCAUGAACUUUGCUGAUGGGCCAUUGCAACAGGAAGUUCAGGGGGAAACUGGUGCUAAUGGAGAUGAAGGCAAAAUCUGUGAUAAUUCCCUUAGUGAUAAUAGUGGCGAAACUGAAGGCGCUGCAGUUGUAACUGCAGCAAGACGAGGUAGCCUGAGCCUUGAUUCUCGAACUAUUCAGGACAUUGCUCCAAACACAAAUAUGCUCAGAUUGCUGCGUGACUAUGAUGAAGACAUGAGAAGGAAAGUCUUCAGUAAUAAGAAUUUUGAAUGUAAAGUUUGCUUUAUGGAUAAGCUAGGGAAUCAUUGUUUAGAAUUCUGGCCUUGCCAUCAUGUAUAUUGCAAAGACUGUAUGGCAUCUUAUUUUGAGGUGCAGAUUAAUGAAGGAAACAUCAAGUUCCUCAGAUGUCCUGAGGAUGACUGUGAAUCAGAAGCCAACCCAAAACAGGUUCAAGAGCUUGUCUCAGAAGACAUGUACAAGAGAUGGGAUGAAAUGUUGCUCAACACUACACUGUCUUCAUUGGGUGAUAUCCAGCCUUGCCCAAGGAUGCAUUGCCAGUAUCCUGUGACUAUAGAGGAAGGCCAAGGGACCUGUCCUUCGUGCAAGUUUGUCUUUUGUGGUUUGUGCAGAUUUGGAUGGCAUGGGAUUGAGCCUUGUAAGCUGAAGAAGACUGAAGCAAGGCAAGCCUUAGAUCUGUAUGUAAGUGGAGAUGAGGAUGCCAAACGGGAAUUGGAAAGAAGAUUUGGCAAGAAGUACAUGGAAAUGCUGAUGAACGAGUACCUUUCCCUGAACUACUUGGAAGAGAAUUCAAAGCAGUGCCCCAAGUGCUAUGCCAAGAUUGAGAAAAUCUCUGGUUGCAACAAGAUGACUUGUCACCGUUGCAGAGUAGAUUUCUGCUGGCUGUGUAUGCUCUAUUUAGACAAAGAACGUCCUUAUGAUCAUUUCAACAAAGCGAAUGGAGCUUGUUAUGAUAGGCUGUUUGAAGGUGUUGAUGAUGAAGAUGAUGACUGGUAGUAUGAUUAUUAAGGCCAUUAGGAACUUAGAAUACUGUGAUUAAGAUAAAAGAAAAAAAAAUCUCUUAUAAAAAUUGUCUUUAACCCAUUGGCACUGGGGCACAUGCACUGUCCACAUGUAGUUUUCUUUUGUCAGUUUUGUAUACACAUAGCUUGAGUUCAGAAGUAUUUGGUCACCAAUGAGUCCGUUAUUAGGCCUACCUACCCUCACCUGUUUACUCCAUUCCUUGAAUUUUCUGGAUUUUUUCCCCAUUACUACUAUUAUUGUUAUUAACAUUAUUUUUAUUAUAAUGUUAAAAAUAAUGGUAGUAAUAAAGACAAUUUUUUACUUCAUGAAAAUUCAAGGAAUGGGGGAAACAGGCGAGAUAAACAAGACCAUGUAAUUGGUUACUUGGUAACUAAAUACUUCCAGAACUAUGUAUGUGUAAAUAGAAUUGAUAUAAUACAAUCACAGUGUCAAUAGAUUAAGACGCACAGUUCGGAGAUAGCAACAAGUGUCUUGUUCACGAUAGAUAUAUACUAGAUAAAUUAUUUUCUUAACAGAUAUUGAUAUUUAACACAUUAAGUCAUAAAUAGGUAGCUACUUAUUUUCUUCUCUCUUUCUUUCUUUCUUUCUUUCUUUCUUUCAUUCUUUCUUUCUAUUUUUCUUUUCUUUCUUUCUUUCUUUUUCUUUUUUCUUUUUUCUUUUGCCUUGCUAAUCAUUCUACUGAAAUAAUAUUAGUAAAGAACAAAGUUGUUGAUGAACUGCAACACAAAUUUUUGUACUAUUGCACAACAGACAACUAAUUAACAAAAUGCAGUGUGUGUACCUUAAAAACAAAAAUCAAACAGGUUAUGUUUGUGAAAGGUACAGUAUGUAUUAGUAGAACUAUGAUUAGUAUUUGUAAAAAGCCAAAGAUUUUCAAACAUUUUGAAUACUGUGAUAAUGAAUUUCUCUCAUUGCUGCUCUUACAGUGAAAGGAAAUAGACUUUCCCUUGUAGGAUUUUUAGAUUUUUGUCCUAAAAGGUGGGGAAAAUUCUCAUGACUGGUCACACAACAUGUAUAUUCCAAGCUGUGUGAUAUGACAACUCAGAAUAUGAAUAAGGAAAGUAAAUGUAAAUAGCCCAAACAAUUUAUGGAUAUAUGCUAGGUUCUGUUACCAUUGCUAGAUUUCUUAAACAAGAUGUAUUACAAUGGCCUUGCUUUGCCUUGAUGAAAGGAAAUCAUGUCAAGGUUAUACAGUACAGAAUGUGAAUGUACCUGAUGUUGCAGUAGAUAUUUCUUUGUAUGGAUUCUUCUUUCCUUCAAUGUUUUAGGAUGUUUUAGUUGAGAUUUUGUAUGUAGUGGAAUAUAUAUAAUUA